AUGUCGCUACAGAGCAACGGCAGCGCGACUAUAGCCACGAACGGAGACCUGAAGCGGGCACACUCUGAAGAGCAGGACGAUCAUGAGCCCAAAGACAGCAGCAUCGAGGAGCUGGCGAGUAUAGAGUGCAGCGGGCAAAUGUACUACAUUGGCGACCACAUCCAUGGGAUCCAGAAGCACACAGUGACGGGGGUGGUAACCCUGCAUAUUGUGCUGUUCUCAUACCCCCACGAGAUUGUGCACCCGCCAUCGGUACAGUUCUUCCAGAACACGGUUCUGAAAUCGACGCGCGAGGUGCAGGUGCCAGUGGCCCAGGUAGUGCGCCCGUGCUUUGUGGUGCCAUCCAGCGAUGCUGUGCGCGGCCACCCAGGGAGUACGACGAGCGGCCAGCAUGGCCCGCUGUAUGGUGCUUUCAUCAUGAAGGUGAAGAACCGCAACCGCCAGUACUGGCCGCACGCAAUGACCGAGGAGCGGAAGCAGGCGCUGAGCGACAUUAUUGAGUGGGCGGGCGGGCCGCGGGAGCUGGAGAAACUCGGCAGUGGCCUGGAGGACUCCGGUGUGUCGCCGCGCACGCGUCGGUCGACGCGCCAGACAUCAGCAGCCAGCACACCCACCACGCAGCCGCCCAGCACGCCGCUGAUGUCGUACCCGAUGGCGACCCGCCCGCUAGCCAACACCCAGGCGUUUUACCAGCAGAUGAUGCAGAUGCGCCCAAACGCCAUGUUUGUGCCUGGCUACCAUGCCCACCACCGCGCACGCCGCGGCCGCCCGCCAAAGAACAAGCAGCUGAUCCUGCAGCGUGAGCGCGAGGCCGCAGCCGCCGCAGCUGCUGCCGCCGCCGGUCACCCGCCGGUGCAGCCCAGCCCGCGCGUAUCGGCACGCCGGCAGUCAGCCUACGGAAAUGCCGGUCGUCCGCCGCCAUCGGGACUGGGCUCGCCACAGACCAUCAUGAUGGGCCACCGCUCGAGCAUCGGCCAUGUGUCGCAGGCCCCGGCAGUUGUGAGCAUGCCGGGCCAGCGCCCGCAGCUGCCCACCGCCCCGAGCCGCCCGCAGCCGCAGCCGCAGAAGACUGCGCCGCUAGCCCACAUUGACCCCUCCACGAUUCCACAGUUGCCGCCGGAUCUGGUCAGUCUGUUUCCUACCAGCGACGGCAUGAUUCGGUGGUUCGCCACCGCGCCUGUGUGCAGAGUCAAGGCGCAGCCUACCGUGCAUUCGGAGCAGUAUCUGCAAUGGAAGAACAGCAACAAUAGCUACUGUAAAGCCUAA